CUCUCUUUCUUAGGGUUUCUGAUUUCUACUGGGGUUCAUAAAUCAGGAGUAGGCGAAGAGCUUAUUAGUUCAUAUUUCUUUGAAUUCGGUGUGCUUGAACUUGUUAUUUCUAUGUUUUUGCCCGGAUUCUGAUAGCUCGUGUUGAUUAUUCAGAAUAAAAGGAAGAAAUUUCUAUUUAGAAGUCGCCUUAGUGGAUUCCUUGUAGUUGUAUUCAAAGUCUCAUGCAGUUCUGGAUUCAAAUUAGUACCUUGCGUCGAGUUAGUGAUCUAUGGAAGGACAUGGUUUUUCCCUUUGUUCUAUGAUUGACAUCUGGGUGCUACUGCGACUUGUGAACGUCCCUGUUGGUCGAUGUUACGAUUGUUUUUCAAUGUGCUUUCUCGAUCCAAAAAAACAAGGAUUUCACCUGCGUAAUGUGUGUUUCAGAAAAUGUAUUUUUUUUUCCAGGUUUCGCCCUGUUUUAUUGUUAACUCGGUCUCAUCCUUAUUCAGAUAUGAUGCCUCCCUUGGAGGCUGAGUGAAGACCUUGAUGUACCAUUCAAACAUUAGAGUUGCUACUUUGACCAAGAAAGCCAUGCUACGGAACAGUUACAAGGAAGCAGAAAGUCAUGAUAACAACAACCAGAAGGUUUAUCCACAACCUGUGGAGGAGACUUCAAACCAAAACAAUGAAUCUAUGGAUGCACUAAUAUCAAAGAUCUUCAACAACAUUUCCUCUUUGAAAGCAGCAUACAUUCAACUCCAGGAUGCUCAUACUCCUUAUGAUCCAGACAAGAUCCAGGUUGCUGAUAAACUAGUUAUUGAGGAACUGAUGAAGCUAUCAGAACUCAAACAUUCAUAUAGGGAGAAAAACCCUAAGCUCAUGUCAGCAACACCCAAAGAUUCUUCUCUUCUUGCAGAAAUCCAAGAACAGCAAGGGCUGCUAAAAACCUAUGAAAUCAUGGUGAAAAAAUUUGAGUCCAAGAUUCAAGCAAGAGACUCUGAGAUUGUCCAAAUACAACAAGAAAUCCAAGAGUCAAACCAGAGAAAGUUGAAACUAGAGAAGAAACUUAAGAAGAGAGGUUUACUUUCCAAGGAAUCAGAGAGCUUUAUGGAGAAGAAUAAUUUCUUCUCCAUUGAGUUGACUUCUAGUCUUUUCUCGUCUUCUGUGGAUGCUGCUUAUAAAUCAAUCCAUGAUUUCUCAAAACCACUUAUUAAUAUGAUGAAAGCCGCAGGGUGGGAUCUUGAUGCUGCAGCUAAUGCAAUUGAACCUGGACUGGUAUAUUCGAAAAGGGCUCAUAAGAAGUUUGCAUUUGAAUCUCACAUUUGUCAGAAAAUGUUCUGUGGGUUCCAGGAAGAGAACUUCUCCAUGGAACUAUCUGAUACUACAGUUUGUCCUGAAGGAUUUUUCCACCAGUUUCUCGCGGUGCGAGCGAUGGAUCCUCUGGAUAUACUUAGCCAAAGCCCAGAUUCAGUUUUUGGCAAAUUUUCACGGGAAAAGUACCUCCUGCUUGUGCACCCAAAGAUGGAAGCUUCUUUUUUUGGUAACCUGGACCAGAGGAAUCAUGUACUGAAUGGUGGGCACCCUAGGACACCUUUCUACCAGGCUUUUCUUAAAUUGGCCAAGGCAAUAUGGCUACUGCACAGGUUAGCUCAUUCAUUUGAUCCCAAAGUCAAGGUUUUCCAGGUAAACAAAGGCGCCGAGUUUUCAGAAGUCUACAUGGAAAGUGUGGUGAAGAACAUAGUUGUAUCCGAGGGGGGACCGAAGCCUCAAGUUGGGCUUAUGGUCAUGCCAGGUUUUAUGAUUGGUGGUAGUGUCAUACAAUCUCUUGUGUACCUUACUGGUGUGCAGUGUGCUGAAUGAAAAUCGAGCUUUGCACAUUGCUUGUUUUAAAGACGAUGAUCGUUCCCAACUCACUGUUUGGGGAAGCUAUAAUUGCUUGUAGUAAACUAGCUAAAGACAUCAUGUUGGCGAAUACUCCAGAAUUAGGUAAUCUUGUUCCUCUUUUGUGAUGGAUAUCUGAUCUUAGCUUUGUCCGACACUCUCGUCAUUGUAGCUUAUCUGUGAUUGCACAUAUCAACAUUCAAAUCAAUAUAAUGUGUGCCUUUGUUCUGUUU